CAUUCGAAAGAACCAAGGCUGUGUUUGGGUGGAUGAUUUAAUGAGAGAAAUGGAAAGGGAAAGAAAAUGUAAUCUCUCUUUUUGUUUGGUUAUAAUUGAAAAUAAGGGAAAAGAGAGUGACAGGAAAAUGCAGUCCCACUUUUUGGUUUUUGAUUCACUUGGCUCUUUUUUUUUUCCACUCAUUUUCUCAACUCAACCAAACAUAGCUUAGAAUUCGAAUCCCAUCAAUACUUUCUCCUUUUCUUUCUAUUUUCCUUUCUCUUUCCAUUUCCCUCCUCAAAUCCUCCAAUGAAACACAGCCUAAUGAAAUCCACACAUUUUGUGAAUAAUAAUUACGAAAUUGGUCAUAUUGAUAAGCAAGAUCUGUCUGAUUUGGAAUGUAAUUCAACUACUUGUAAGCUUGAUUGGCCGGUGUAGUAUGGAAUCAUAAUCUUCUGGUUUAUUGCAUUUUUAUGAAUUUUCACAAUGCACCCUUCUUCUCAGUGAUAGUGAAGUUUUUAUUUUUCUUGAUAACUUGGUUACUGGCCCACUGGACCGACUAAUCGGGGAUCAAUCCCACCUUCCACUAGCGGGGUACCAAUUAAAGCCGGGGCAAAUACCUGUAUGGAUUUGUCCCAAGAAAUUGUUUGCACCGUGGAGUUUUUGAAACUGAGACCUUGGAGGGAGCACAUCCCCAGGCUUUGACCACCAUGGCCAAUCCCUUGGGGUUUCAGUGAUGAUGAAAUUAUGCAGAAGGGUUUGAAAUGUUCUCUGUCAUGUUGGGACUGCUGUUGUCACUCGAGCCGAUGGAAGACUAGCACUUGGAAGAGUAGGAGCACUUUGUGAGCAGAUUCAAGAAUUGAACACUCAAGGAUUUGAGGUUAUUUUGGUGACAUCAGGUGCUGUUGGCGCUGGUCGCCAACGUCUUAGAUACCGGAGAUUGAUCAACAGCAGCUUUGCUGACCUCCAAAAACCACAAGUUGAGCUUGAUGGGAAGGCAUGUGCAGCUGUCGGACAAAAUGGUCUCAUGGCUCUAUAUGAUACAUUGUUUAGUCAGCUGGAUGUCACAUCUGCUCAGCUACUUGUCACUGAUAAUGAUUUUAGGGAUCCAGAGUUCAGGAAGCAACUUACUGAAACUGUAAAAUCAUUGCUAGCUUUGAAAGUGGUCCCAAUUUUUAAUGAAAACGAUGCUGUUAGCACCAGGAAAGCUCCAUAUGAGGACUCCUCCGGUAUAUUCUGGGACAAUGACAGUUUAGCAGCUCUACUAGCCUUGGAGCUAAAGGCUGACCUUCUUGUCCUUUUGAGUGAUGUGGAGGGUCUGUAUAGUGGCCCUCCUAGUGAUCCAAAUUCAAAGCUAAUUCAUACCUAUGUUAAGGAAAGAUAUGAAGGGGCGAUUACUUUUGGAGACAAAUCCAGAGUGGGAAGAGGGGGCAUGACUGCCAAAGUAAAAGCUGCUGUUUAUGCAGCUUAUGCUGGCAUCCCUGUUGUUAUAACCAGUGGCUGUGCUACUGAUAAUAUCAUAAAAGUACUUCAAGGAGAGCGUAUUGGUACUCUCUUUCAUCGAGAUGCGCACCAGUGGGUCCCACUUGGAGAAGUUGGUGCACGUGAUAUGGCAGUUGCAGCAAGGGAGGGUUGCAGACGACUACAGGCCAUGUCUCCACAAGACAGGAGUAAAAUUUUGCUGAGCAUAGCUGAUGCCCUGGAAGAAAAUGAAAAACUGAUCACCAUAGAAAAUGAAGCUGAUGUUGCUGCUGCACGGCUGGCUCGCUAUGAACAAUCAUUGAUAGCUCGGCUGGCUCUAAAGCCUGGAAAGAUUUCAAGUCUUGCAAACUCAAUUCGUGUGCUUGCAAACAUGGAAGAGCCAAUUGGUUGUGUUUUGAAGAAAACUGAGAUUGCAGAAGGAUUCCUCUUAGAGAAGACAUCAUCUCCUUUGGGUGUUCUCCUGAUUAUUUUUGAGUCUCGUCCCGAUGCACUAGUUCAGAUAGCUUCAUUAGCAAUCCGAUCUGGGAAUGGGUUACUCUUGAAAGGGGGAAAGGAAGCUAAAAGAUCUAACGCAAUCUUGCACAAGGUUAUUACUUCCGCUAUACCACAAAAUGUUGGUGAAAGGCUCAUUGGACUUGUGACUUCUAGAGAGGAGAUUCCUGAUUUGCUCAAGCUUGAUGAUGUGAUUGAUCUUGUGAUUCCUAGAGGCAGCAAUAAACUUGUUUCUCAAAUCAAGGAAUCAACGAAAAUUCCUGUUCUGGGUCAUGCUGAUGGAAUUUGCCAUGUUUACGUUGACAAGUCUGCUAAUAUGGAUAUGGCAAAGACCAUUGUUUUGGAUGCAAAAACAGAUUAUCCUGCUGCUUGUAAUGCGAUGGAAACGCUUCUUGUUCACAAGGAUUUGGUGCAGAAGGGUGGCCUUAAUGAGCUUAUUGUAGAGCUUCAAAUUAAAGGUGUUGCUAUAUAUGGUGGACCAAGAGCAAGCUCCUUGCUGAAUAUUCCAGAGGCACGCUCAUUUCAUCAUGAAUACUGUUCACUUGCAUGCACCGUUGAAAUUGUUGAUGAUGUGUAUGCCGCCAUUGAUCACAUACAUCGUCAUGGAAGUGCACACACUGAUAGCAUUAUCACAGAAGACCAUGAAGUUGCAGAAAUCUUUCUACGUCAAGUUGACAGUGCUGCUGUAUUUCACAAUGCAAGCACGAGAUUUUCUGAUGGCGCUCGUUUUGGACUAGGCGCAGAGGUCGGGAUAAGUACAAGUCGGAUACAUGCUCGUGGUCCAGUAGGAGUUGAAGGAUUGCUAACAACACGAUGGAUCGGUAGAGGAAGCGGGCAAGUGGUUGAUGGUGAUAAAGGGGUGAUCUAUACUCACAAAGACCUCUCUCUUCAUGCUUGAGUUCAUGGAAAUGCUUUGUCGAAACACAACCAUCGGAGCUAUUUUGUUGUUAAAGGUAUUAUCAGAUGAUCAGAUAAAGUGAGCAAACUCGUCAGCAGGCCUUUUAAGUUGAAAAAGAGAUCAAGAGAGUAUAUUAUCUGUUUUUGCUCCAUCAACAAAUGUACCAUUAUGUGCAACAAUUGUUAUAUUUGUUUUCUUAACUUAAAUAAUUUAAAUUAUUGCCAAAUUUCCAUGAAUUCUAGGAUGAAUAACUUGUACCUCUAUGAAAAUAACUCAGAAAUCAGACUUUGGAAGAGUUAUUGGAGGGUGAUACAUACACUUUUGAACAGUUGAGUCAUUUAAUUGAAUUUCAGGUUCAUGUUCAUGUGA